AUGGCCUCGGGCACCGGCGUCAACCAAACCGCAAAUCCUUACGAGCAGUAUGAUGCCCCGGUGGAAGACGAUCUAAUAGACCCAGAUGAUGCCACCCUCGACGAGCUCGACGACCCCGCCCACCCCUCCGACCGCGCCCCCUUGACCGGCCGCAUCACCAACCAACAAGCCCAAGCCAAUGCGCGCUCGGCAGGCAGCGCACAAGGCUACCUCACCUCUGCCAUUUCAGGCGAGGACCGGCGAGCACCGAUGAACACCAUUGAUGAGUCGGUGUGGGAGACCUUGCGGCGCGACCUGCUGGCCGUGUGGGAGAAGAUGCGCCAGGUGCUGUAUCCCAAGUACCUGCUUGGGGGAUUGAUGAGGAGGGAUGCCCAAGGGGAAGGGGAGGCGGAAGGAGUGGCGGGCGCAUUAGGACAUGUGCGAGGACUGGUGGGCCGCUUGCCGGAUGCUGAUCUCGUUUUACAAGGGGGGAUGAGUGAAGGGUUGAGAGAUUGGGAUCUCUGGGGCCCACUACUGUUCUGUCUACUCCUCUCUUUCCUACUCAGCCUGAACGCGCGCUCCGACCAACGCUCGCUCGUCUUCAGCGGGGUCUUUGCAACAAUCUGGAUCGCCGAAGCGAUUGUGACUCUUCAGAUCAAGCUGUUGGGAGGCAACAUUUCCUUCUUCCAAUCCAUCUGCAUCAUCGGCUACACCCUCUUUCCCCUCGUCAUCGCCUCGCUGCUGUCGGCGCUACAUGUGCCGAUGAUUGUGCGGAUACCGGUGUACUCGGUGCUGGGGUUAUGGUCUUUGGCGGCGGGCGUCAGCAUUCUGGGAGGCAGCGGGGUGAUCAAGAACCGGGUGGCAUUGGCCGUGUACCCGCUGUUUGUGUUUUAUAUUGGCCUGGCCUGCCUGUGCUUUAUUUCGUAG